GGACAUCAUCAGUCAAGAUGAACUUUACUGCCGUUUUCCUGGCGUUUGCCAUGCUUUUAGCAACUGUCACUGCCGGACCUGGAAACCGUUAUGGAUGGCCAAGUUCUUAUGAGAGAUUCCUUGAAAAGCAAGGUGUGUGGGAUUAUAACCGACACGAGGUUCGUUCUGAUUAUGGACGUCGUGGAAACUACGAGCGUAAUCUCAACGAUUUGUACGAUGACUGGAAGAAACAAACUCGUUGGGGACAAAAUGACUACAGAUCAAACCGAUUCCAGCAACCAUCUGCAGGGUACGGACGAUACGGAUUCCCAGGAGGAAAGUAAUUGUUAAAAAGUAUUUCUUUUAUAAUUUGACUAGUUUGUUUUUCCUUCAAUAAAUGUCACAUUGCAUU